AUGCUAGACGCGUCAACUCGAGUUCGACUUCUUCCUCACAAGCUGGAUGCUACAGCUUAUGGUAGGUACUCCAAUUAUAUUCUACCUAAAACACAGCGCUACGUCACAUUCGAAGAAGCCGUCUCAACACUCAUGGGCCUGUUCGGACCAUAG